AUGCCACGGAGCCAAUCCCCGAAUUCCUACCCUCGCAGCAGCUCGGAUACUUCAUGGCCACUUUUGAGAGACUCGGAGACGGAGGGAUAUGGCUCACUAGCAGAUGAGUCGGUUCAGUCGAGGGCGGAGAACCAUCCGAAAAGACAGAUUGGAGUUGUUUCUGCUGUAUUCAUUAUCUUCAACAGGAUCAUUGGCACUGGAAUAUUUGCAACUCCCAGUACAAUAUUGGGCUUCAGUGGAAGUGUUGGUCUCUCAUUGGUUAUGUGGAUUAUAGGAGCGGUCAUUGCAGCGGCGGGUAUGCAAGUGUACAUCAUCUGGGGAACUGCUCUACCCCAAAAUGGCGGGGAAAAGAACUAUCUGGAACACUUGUUUCCGAAGCCCAGGCGAUUGAUCACGUCGAUUUAUGCUGCCAACGCGGUUCUGCUUGCCUACGCAGCAGGAAAUUGUCUAGUCUUCGCGGAGUAUGCAGUCGCAUCGAUCUCCCCAGCGGCCCCCGCAUCCACAUCCGUGUUCUCGCCAGUCAGAGUGGUCGCAUUCCUAUGCCUUACAGGCGUCUUGCUCCUGCACGGUCUUCAUAUUCCCUCCGGCCUUCGACUACAAAAUCUCCUGGGAUUCUUUAAAAUUGGCAUUCUACUCGUCGUCGUCAUGGCGGGCUGUUUUGCUCUGGGAGGCAACCUGCAGGAAGGAGUAGUACGGCCUGGGAACUUUGAUAGUUGGGCAAAGAUAUGGGAAGGCUCGAGGGGCGGCCGAAACGUCCUCUGUGCAUGCUUGUAUAACGUAAUAUGGUCUUAUAUUGGAUUCAGCAACGCCAAUUAUGCUUUGGCAGAGAUGCGUGAUCCCGCACGAACUCUUCGUAUUGCUGGCCCUCUCGCCAUCGUCACUGUGACUGUAUUUUACCUCUUUUGCAACAUUGCUUAUUUUGCGGCGGCCAGCAAGGAGGAGAUCACAGGCUCUGGCAGACUUGUGGCUGCCCUUCUCUUUCGCAACGUCUGGGGACCUAGCACUGAGAGAAUCUUGAACAUCUUCAUUGCGAUGUCUGCAUUGGGAAAUGUUCUUUCAGUGUCUUUCUCGCAGGGCCGCGUAAAUCAGACCCUUGGUGCUGAAGGGAUCCUUCCAUUUAGCAAGUUCUGGGCGUCAAGCUGGCCAGCGAAAGCUCCCUUGGCCGGCCUGAGUCUACACUGGGCUGUCUGUAACCUUGUUAUUUUCAAUAUGCCUCCUGGAGACGCGUACAAUUUUGUUCUCAAUCUUUGUUCAUACCCCCUUUCCGUUAUCAACACGAUUAUAUCCUUCGGACUUUUAUACCUUUCACUACGACGCACUGUAACCAUAGACAAACAACAUCACGACACUGACGAUCAUACGACCAAAUCGACCAUUGUAUUUAAGCCUACACCCAGCCUGAUUUUACCCACCCUUCUCUUCGGCAUCGCCAAUGUCUUCUUGUUCGUAGUACCUCUGACGAAGCCGCCGCCGGGCGUCGAGCCCUACGAAAAGCUGCCGUACUGGCUGCAUGGUGCUGGAGGAUGGUGUAUAUUCCUAGUAGGUGGAGUAUGGUGGCUGUACUAUUAUCAUCGCCGACCAGAAUAG